AACAAAACCACCGUCCGGCAUCCGCCGGGCCACCGCCAUCACCUCAGCACCCACGACGAUUCUAUCUUGCGCUCUCCGUCGCACGGCGUACUCUCGCCUAUCUCCUCCCCUUAUCAGAAUCUGCACCAUGUCUACGAAAAGACCAUCUAAAAAUCAGCUGACUCCCGAGCAAAUCGAGGAGCUGCGCGAAGCUAGGAGAGCAAAGAAGCAAAAGGCUGAAGAGGAAGCAAAGGCGAAUCCCAAGCUACCCACUGAUGCUGCUCUGGAUCCUGUGCGGUCCAAGAUCCUUAAUCGUCACUGGCUGAACUUGAGCGAGCCAGCUGCUGGUUCACAAACGAUCAAGAUCCUCUCGUGGAACCUACUCGCUCAAUGUCUCGUUCGCCGCAAGCUAUUCCCGACUAGCGACUGUCUGAAGGCGGCGCAGCGAGAACAGAUGUGGUACAAUGAACUGCUUUGCCAAAAUGCCGACAUAAUGUGUUUACAGGAAACAGAUCGACUAGACAAGCUCGUACCUCUGCUUGAGAAGGCUGGAUACGAAACUCACUAUAGAGCGGGCGUGCGCAAACUCCACGGCUGCAUGAUCGCGUACAAGAAGGACCGCUUUUCUCUCGUGGAUGAACGGCAAGUUCUCUACGACAAUCAGGUCGUCAAUGAGAACGAAGACCUUUCCGAGAACGCGCGCAUAGGCAAGAGUUUCCGUACAAAUAAUACCGCACCCAUCGUCGCUCUAAAGGACAAAAUUGGCGACGAUGGUGUUAUCGUAGCCACAACGCAUCUAUUCUGGCAUCCUCGGUAUACCUAUGAGCGAACCAGACAAUCUGCUAUCCUUGUCCGCGAAGUCCUUCGCCUAAGAUCUGACCUCGGAAAAGACUGGCCUUGUAUCAUUAGUGGAGAUUUCAACUUCCAACCUGACGACCCCGCAUACUCCCUUCUGGUAGGCGACGCCGUGCUCCCCACGCAAGAGGAAGCCCUCGUGGAUUCUAUGGUAGUGCAUCGCACCAUAGACCCAUCAGUCCCUGCAGACCCGCCGAAGGUCGUCGAGGGGGCGAAGACCGAGGAAGAAGAGGCCGCCGAAGGGGAGGACGACGAAGAGGGGGAAGGCGCGGCCGCCACUGCCCCGGACCGCAUCCCUAUCAAGAGCGCCAGGCCAGCCAAACCAGACGGCUCAGACGGGCUCUUGUCCCCAGAGGCUCUUCGCGUGUUCUAUAGCAAGAGCGGCACUCCGCUCAAGAGUGCCUACGACAUUGGACUCGCAAGCUAUAAGGCCAGGCCUGACGGCGCGUCUAUUCGCACUUAUGGAGAUCGUGUCGCCCUCGAAGGCCGUCGAGGUGCGCAUGAGCCCGAGUGGACCAGCUACGCGCACUUUUGGCAUCUCGUCCUCGACUACAUCUUCAUCGUAGAUCCUUCCAACCGUACAUCGCAGAUCACUGGUCUAUUGUCAACGCCCACCACGGCCGACCUCGAGCCCAGCAUCCCUCGCCUAGGGAAGUGCUCCAGCGACCACGUCUCCCUCUGCGCCGAAAUUGCUUGGCCGGUAGCAGCGCCCGCUACCUAGUGAUUAGCACACCCUUAGCAUACAUGCACCAGUCUCCCCAUAGACAGCACAAACACGUAUUGAAGAGAUGGUAAUGUAGAGAUAUCGUUGAGGUUGGGUAUGUUCAUGGUAGACGAUGACAGUAGUAGUCCAGAGCGUUAGGUGAAAGAAAGGCCCCGUUGGUCUUGGAAGAGGUAGAAGAAGAAUGAACACCUA